UAUAUAUAUAUAUAUAUGUUAGAGGUCUACCUCAAAAGCUGCAAAGAAAACCGAAACAGCAAAAUCACAUAUUCAGAGUAAGAAAAGAGUCAGAAUCAGAAGAAGAGGAAGAAGAUCGUCUCAAGUUACUGAUUUUACCUAAAAACUCACACCAACAAAUUUCCAACUCCAAAAAGAAGACGACCCGCUUCUGGGUGCAAGCAAUGGCUGGGUGGUUCUAUCUAAGCGGGAGAGAAGGUGCGGUAACAAGUAAACAAGGAGAAGAUAAAAAUCAAGAGAACAAUUUGUUUUUAUACAGAUCAAAUAACGAACAGAUCUACAACAAAGGAUUUGAGAUAUGGCCGCAAUAUUAUCACCAACAGCAAAAUAUGAACAACUACUCCUCGUUUGGAGUGGGUCCUAGUCGAAGAAGUUUCUCUGAUGAAUCAUCAAGAUCAGGCUUUACGGUUAUGAGACAAGGUGGAUUAGGAGGAGGAGGAGGAGGAAUGAACUGUCAAGACUGUGGGAACCAAGCUAAAAAAGAUUGUGCCCAUUUGAGAUGUAGAACUUGUUGUAAAAGCCGAGGGUUUCAGUGCCAAACCCACGUCAAGAGCACUUGGGUCCCUGCUGCUAAAAGGCGAGAGAGGCAACAACAGCUAUCUGCUUUGCAGCAGCAACAACAACAUCAAGAACAGCAACACCAGCAGCAACAACAACAGUUUCGAGGAGAGAAUCCCAAAAGGCAGAGAGAGAAUCAAGGUGGUGCUCCCUCUCUUGCCUGCACUCGUUUAGGCACUACCACGUCAGGGUUGGAAGUUGCACAUUUUCCACCAGAAGUGAAUUCCCCAGCAGUGUUUCGCUGUGUUAAAGUAAGCGCAAUGGACGAUGCAGAUGAGCAGUUUGCAUAUCAAACAGCAGUUAAUAUUGGAGGUCAUAUGUUUAGAGGCCUUCUCUACGAUCAAGGCCCUGAUAGUCGUUACACCAGCGGAGGAGAGAGCUCUUCGGGUGGAGCCCAACAGCUUAAUCUAAUAACAGCGGCCACAACUAGCACUGAAGCAACUCCUAGUAACCAGCAAGGUACAGGUGCUUUGAUCGACCCGUCUUCUCUAUAUCCAGCUCCGCUCAAUGCUUUUAUUGCCGGUACGCAAUUCUUCCCACCCCCAAGAUCCUAGCUACUUUCAAAAUGGACCCUUUCUAAUUAAUUAAACUCUAGUGUAUUCGCAUUAUUCUUAAUGAACCCUUCAUUAAUAGUCUAUAAAUUGUUGGCUUUGUUUGUGUUUUCGAUCGUAAUUUGUAGUUUUUUAAGUUUAACACGCCCUACUAAUCCAAUCAUGUAGAAGAAGAACAAGAAGAGAUGAGCUUAAUUUAGGAAAAUUAGAACAAUGUGGGUGUUUGAUUAUUUUUGUUUUGAAUUUCAAUUCAGAUUUUCAAGGUUUA